AUGGACCUCCUACUCUCCAUCCCCGUGCUCACAUACUUCUGGGCCCCAUACCCUCCAUCAUGGUCGACAAGCCUCAACAUACUGCUAUUCACCAUUUCGUGGGGCACCCUGGUAAUGUCGCACGAUCCCAUCAAGGUGCAUCUGGUCGGUGUCGCCGCCAUCCGUCUCGUCUUCUGGCUCGCCCCGUCGCUCAUCUUCCUGCUCUUUGACGUUGGCCUGCCGAGCGUCGCCGAAUCCAUCAAGCACGGCGGCCGCGCGGGCCUGCCACCGCGGAACCGGCGCGCGCUCACCCAGCUUCUCCUCCUCGCGCUCUUCAACACUGCAUUCCUCCUUGCCGUCGAAGGCGCCUGCAGCUAUGCCCACGCCGUCGCGUUCGGAAAGCCCGAGUUCCUCACCACCACGACCCUGCCGUUCCCAUGGCAAAUCGCCAAGCACAUCGCCAUGGCCUUUAUCGCGCGCGAAGUCCUCCAGUACUACAUCCACCGCUUCCUCCUCCACGGCGCGUCGUCGUCCCCCGUCGCCCGCCUCCACGCCUCCUACGCGCACAGCCGGCCCAGCGCGCCCUUUUCGCUGCAGGUCCUCGCCGACCACCCGCUGCCGCUGCUCCUGCACCGCUUCCUCCCGCUGUACCUGCCCGCGGUGCUCAUCCGCGCGCACCUGCUGACGUACUUUGUCUUCGCGGCGCUCUGCACGCUCGAGGAGACGCUCAGCAUGUCCGGGUACACGGUCGUGCCGGGCAUCGUCAUGCGCGGCCUCGGGCAGCGCUGCGCGAUCCACUACGCGAGCGGCGGGGGCGCCAACUUUGGCGCGUACGGCGUCGCCGACUGGGCGCACGGGACGAGUCGCGGCAGGGGCGUCCUCGAGGAUCUACAGGCCGAGGCGGAGAAGCACCAGCUGCAGGAACGAGCCGGCGACAAGGUGGGCGAGGGCGCGAGUAUGGUGCAGGGCGGGUUGGACGCGCUGCGAGGAAAGAAGGGCAAGAGAAGGACUGCAAAGGAAAUUUGA